GGUCGUUGGUCACCGCCGCCGCCACCACCCCCUCCCAUCCUGUUCUCUUUCUGGCCCGGUCGGUUCUACGAGCGCCCGGCAGAGACUGAGGGAGAGAGAGAGAAAGAGGAGGGGAGGAGGAGGAGGAGGAUUCAGGGAGUAGGAGCUGGGGAGCCCUUCUGCGCCACAGAAAAUUUUCAAAGACUUGGUGAAGAUAGGAAAACCAUCAGAAAGGCUGGAGUACUGUUAUACUGUAUUUGCUGUUUUUCCAGAAGCUCAGUUGAGGGAGAACUCAGCCGAUCUCUAUUUCUUGAUUUAUUUCCUAUUUGCCAACCGAGACUUGUAUUUAGAGAACUCUGUUGUACCAAGCCUGAAGUCAUCUUUGACCCAUAACAAGAGCAGCAUGCAUUUUCAAUGGUCAAAUAGAUUAGUGGAUCAGUAAACUUCUCCUGAAAGACAUAUUGAGAAAAUACUACACAAAAUCUAAUUGUGUAAGGUAGUCAACAAAUCGAAUGGGACACUCAAAGGAUCUCUGUUUUUGAACUCCAGAACAUUGACUCCUCCUGUCUGACAGCCUUCAAAUUAGAACAUUGGCUCAUCCUGGAUCUCCAGCCUGCCUGCCCACCUUGGAGAUUGAACUUGCCAGCUUCCAUAAUUGUAGUCACUUUUGGUGUCAUUGUCCAGUUCUCACAAUGUAUCAUUCCUUAUCUGAAACGAGACAUCCUCUGCAGCCAGAAGAACAAGAAGUGGGCAUUGACCCCUUAUCUAUUUACUCAAACAAGACUGGAGGAGAUUCAAAUAAAAAUGGAAGAAGAACAAGUUCUACUUUAGAUUCUGAUGGGACUUUUAAUUCCUAUAGGAAAGAAUGGGAAGAACUAUUUGUAAACAACAAUUACUUGGCAACAAUAAGGCAGAAGGGGAUUAAUGGGCAGCUGAGAAGCAGCAGGUUCCGCAGCAUUUGCUGGAAGCUAUUUCUUUGUGUUCUUCCUCAAGAUAAAAGCCAGUGGAUAAGUAGAAUUAAAGAAUUAAGAGCAUGGUAUAGCAACAUUAAAGAGAUACACAUCACAAACCCGAGGAAGGUUGUUGGCCAGCAAGACUUGAUGAUCAAUAAUCCCCUUUCACAAGAUGAAGGGAGUCUUUGGAACAAAUUCUUCCAGGAUAAAGAACUUCGAUCAAUGAUUGAACAAGAUGUCAAAAGAACGUUUCCUGAAAUGCAGUUUUUCCAACAAGAAAAUGUGAGAAAAAUUCUUACAGAUGUUCUUUUCUGUUAUGCUAGAGAAAACGAGCAGUUGCUUUAUAAACAGGGCAUGCAUGAGCUGUUAGCACCUAUAAUCUUUAUUCUCCACUGUGACCACCAAGCUUUUCUUCAUGCCAGUGAGUCUGCACAACCAAGUGAGGAAAUGAAAAUUCUCUUGAACCCUGAGUAUCUGGAACAUGAUGCCUAUGCCAUGUUCUCACAACUUAUGGAAACUGCUGAACCUUGGUUUUCUACUUUCGAACAUGAGGGUCAAAAGGGGAAAGAAACAGUGAUGACUCCCAUCCCCUUUGCUAGACCUCAGGAUUUAGGGCCAACAAUUGCUAUUGUUACUAAAGUCAACCAGAUCCAGGAUCACCUGCUGAAGAAGCAUGAUAUUGAGCUUUACAUGCACUUGAACAGACUAGAAAUUGCACCACAGAUAUAUGGGUUACGUUGGGUGCGACUGCUGUUCGGACGAGAGUUCCCCCUGCAGGAUCUUCUGGUCGUCUGGGAUGCCUUGUUUGCAGAUGGCCUGAGCCUGAGUUUAGUUGAUUAUAUCUUCAUAGCCAUGUUGCUCUACAUCCGGGAUGCUUUGAUCUCUAGUAACUACCAGACCUGUCUUGGCCUUCUGAUGCAUUUCCCCCCAAUUGGGGAUGUACACUCACUGAUUCUUAAGGCUCUGUUUCUUCGAGAUCCAAAGAGAAAUCCAAGACCAGUGACUUAUCAAUUCCAUCCAAAUUUAGACUAUUACAAAGCACGGGGAGCAGACCUCAUGAAUAAAAGCCGGACCAAUGCCAAAGGCACUCCCCUGAAUAUAAAUAAGGUCUCUAAUAGCCUGAUUAAUUUUGGAAGAAAGCUGAUUUCUCCGGCGAUGGCCCCAGGCAGUGCUGGUGGCCCUGCACCUGCACCUGGGGGCAGUAGUGGCAGCUCCUCCACUCCUGUGAUUCCCCCUAGGACCUUAACAGAGGCCCCCAGGCAUCAUUUGCAGCAGCAGCAGCAGCAGCAGCAGCAGCAGAGGCUGAUGAAAUCAGAAAGCAUGCCAGUGCAAUUGAACAAAGGCGAUGUAGUUACAGGAAGCGAUGCUCAGGUUUCUGUUCCUGUCCAGACUCUAACUGACCUCCAAGGACAAAGUUCUAAAAACAUCAGUUCAUCUCCAAGCAUUGAGAGUUUGCCUGGAGGAAGAGAAUUCACUGGCUCCCCACCUUCAUCUGCUACUAAAAAGGAUUCCUUUUUUAGCAACAUCUCCCGUUCCCGCUCACACAGCAAAACUAUGGGCAAAAAAGAAUCUGAAGAAGAAUUAGAAGCCCAAAUUUCCUUCCUUCAGGGACAGUUGAAUGACCUCGAUGCCAUGUGCAAAUACUGUGCGAAGGUGAUGGACACUCAUCUUGUGAACAUUCAAGAUGUAAUUUUACAAGAAAAUUUGGAAAAAGAAGAUCAAAUUCUGGUUUCCCUGGCAGGAUUAAAACAGAUCAAAGACAUUCUGAAAGGUUCUCUGCGUUUCAACCAGAGCCAGCUGGAAGCGGAGGAGAACGAGCAGAUCACCAUCUCAGACGACCACUACUGCUCCAGCGGCCAGGGCCAUGGCCAGGGCCAGGGUGACCAAAUGCCUGGGGCCGCCAAGCAGGCCUCUUCAGAAGUGCCAGGGUGCGCAGACAGAGGGAGCUCAGAUGACUUCAUCCUGGUUUCCAAAGAAGACGAGGGAGGCAGCGCCAGGGCAUCCUUCUCAGGCCAGGCCCAGCCUCUUCGCACCCUCAGAAGCACAUCUGGGAAAAGCGAGGCCCUGGCCCGCUCCCCCCUGGUGUUCUCUGACCCACUGAUGGGCCCAGCCUCCGCUUCCUCCAGCAAUCCAAGCUCCAGCCCCGACGACGACAGCAGCAGCCACAGCAAGGACUCUGGCUUCACUAUCGUGAGCCCCCUGGACAUCUAACCACCGUGCCCCAGGCCUGCCUCACGGGGACCCCGCCAUCUGCCUCAGCAGCCCCAAGGCCAGGCUGAGGCUCCCCCAGUGGAGACCCCUCUGAAACCAACACUUCUUCCCCAGCAUGCAUGUGACAUUGGUGCAGCCCACUGGAACCCUUUAGAGGGAAGCAAAUCGGGCCCCAGAGCUCACAGACUGAUGUUCACCUGCAGACGCGGCUUUCGGGGCCCAACCCAGCCCCGGCCACCGUGCCUGCGGUAGAGCCAGGUUGAGUACCCAGUGUCACACUCACCGUCAAGAAGGACCAAACCACAAGUAGAAUCACUUUCCCUCUGUCCUCUCCUCCCCACCUAAAUAGGUGCAGCAACUCCAUGACUUAUAUCUAGAGGAAGGAAGAAGAGUUGGUUUCAAAUCUUCCCUCCCUCAGAAGAUCGGGCAGAGGAAAAGAGAUAUCAGGAAAGCUUCUCUGUGGAAAUCCCUCUCUCAGCCUGUUCCCUUCCUCUCUUGGGAAGCCAUACAGCAGAGCCAAGUGCAACAGAAUGGACUAGAACUAGUGGAUUCCAGGGCUGGAAAGAACCCAUUACUGGCCUCAGAAAGUUACAGUGAUCUUCAGAAACAGGGUCUAAACUUAGGAUGGUAUUUUGGUGUGAUGUGGUUUAGAUCGUUUCAUUUGUUAAAGAGUCCAUUUCCAAACCUCAGGCCAGGUGGACUGUGGUCACCGCUGUCCCUCCUUAAACAAUCGCACUGCACCUUCUAGAAGCUUUCACAGCCAGAAAACAGGUCACUUUAAGCCAAUCUUUGCUGCACUGAUUUCAAAAGUUGUAAGAAUGUUACUUCCUUGAACUGGAAAUUAUGACCCUGACUUUGUGGGAUAAACACCUUUCAGACAGUCGAUUUUGGGAAAGUUUCUGUAGUUUUGGGGCUGUAUUCACCUGUCAACUUAGAAGUAAAGGGAAAAGCCCAAGCUCAUUCCCAUCCAGAGUCAGGAUCUCCCAUUGGCCUUAAGGUAACAGCAACCGGGAAUUAGACCUGGAGUCCCUCCUGGGGAGCAGGGCUUCCUAGAGAACAUUCCGGGUGCCAGGAGGAUGCAGGAUUUCUGCACAGCCCUUCCCUUGCUGGGAGCCAAGUGUAGGAGCAACAGGCCUGGGCCCCAUCGUGCGUCCUAGGCGCCAUGCCAGGGCAGGCCCAGGUCUGACGUGCCAGUGUCGUCCUGCGUUUCAGUACACAAUAGGGGUGUCCCCUUGUCAGUUGUAACUUAGGGAACCGUCAUGAACAUGAAGCGUUGCCUGAGCUGUUUCUCUCCUUAGGAGAAGAGCCCUGAAAAGGACACUUUUCCUCUCCUUUGCCUGAGCAGGAAUUCUAACAGGAGAGACACGGUACCCACUUCACCUCAUCAGGGAGCAGGCUCCCUCGCCCUGGGCUGCCGGGUUCUUUGGGCUUCUCCUCGGAGGGUGGCGAGGCCUUUGGGCGGUGGAAGCUUUUGUGGCAACAAGUGGAAAGCUAAGUAUGAAGGAACAGACACUGUUUACGUCCCUCCCAGUGCUAACCAUGUAUUUUUCUAUAGACAAAUGUGGUCACGACGUGAUUUCCCACUUGCUCUCCAGGAUGACUCGAGACUCAGCUACUGCAGGGAGGGUUCUAAUGAGCUCUGCAGUUUGUUCUUGAACUCUAGCAGGGAAAUCUCCUCCUGACACAUCAGCAUGUAAGCUGAGUAACAGUCACUCUGGUUUUGCUCAGAUGACGGGGUUGGUUGGCUUUCCACAAUUAUUCAGAGAGACACUGAUUAGUUCUCUGGCUCUGACUCUGAGCUCAGCACCCUAUGGGCAGGGGAGUUGCUGAGUAAGUUGCUGCCAAGUAUACGUCCCCUUGAUGACACUUCCUAGGCUCCCAAGGUUCCCAUAAAGUGAGUGGCCUUGCAGCUGCACAGGGGUACCCAUUACUUUCUCUCAAAGGACCUGGCCUGGGAAGGUGCUGGUGUUUCCGUUCUAAGGUAAGAAGUGUGGACCUGUCCUUGCUGGGGCUCCAGGACAGAGACUGGAAAGGGCCAUGAGCUGACGGUCCCCUGGCUGCUGGGCCACAGUCAUCUGCUCACUUUCAGCAUUUCCUUGGCCCUGAGAGCUAGAGUCUAUGAAAGCCAAGUGUCACUGGCCACACAGCCCAGACACGCACCACACCAGCCAGGCGCCAGGCUCGUUCCCUCAGUUGGCUGAGUGUUUAACGGUCACAGAAAACUCCCAGCCCUGCACGCAUGUGCGGGUGCGGCCUCCAUGCUGUGCUUCCGUGUUGGGGCCACGUGCGGAGCAGGGAGGUCACUCAGAGGGUGGCCCCCGACAAGCCCUUCCCUCCUCGGAGGAAAGAAACACACGAGGGGAGUGGGGUGCGGGCAGUGCCACCCUCAAAUUCCCAAAGGUUCAUGAGGUUCAAGAAUUGUGUUACUGUCUUAUCUUUUUUAAGUGACUUGUUUUUAUUCUUCAUAGUGGAGCAUUGUUUGCAUUUUUCUUAGUUACAGUGCUAUCAAAGAAUAUGUGUUCCUUCCUUUUUUAUUAUUUUAUCAGGUACUUGUGUUUAAUUGCAUAUUUUUUAAAUCCUGAAUAUAUGAAACCUUUUCAUUUUCGUUAGCAAAUGUGGUAAUCAGUGGAACCCUCUCAUGUUUUGAUUAUUGCAGUUAAAUAUAUUUUAUAUACAUAAAGCUUAGAUUAAUUCUCAUUGUCAUCUGCUUUUUUAUACAUGUCCCUGUGUUUCAUGCAUUCCUCUCUGAUCAGUUUGGAAAUUUAAGUUAAAAUUUAUCUCUGUACAUUACAUAUGGGAGUUACAGAUGAGAGAAUGAAAGUCACUGUGACUUUGCCUUACUUAGUCUGUAUGCCAGGGGGUCAUAUGACACUUUCAGCAUUUCCCUGUGCUGGCUUACUCUUCCAAAGAUGACCUCCUGCUGAUGCUCACUGCAAUCUGGGAAGAAAUGCUAUCGCUGCAGAGUGGACAGGACCAUGGGGAAGCCACGCCCCUGCACUGGCCUUAGCGCCUGACGAGCGCAGUCUCGCGUCAGUCACUGGGGGCUGAUGGCCCGCCGUUAGUGAGAACGUUGCUCUGCUGUGUCGGAGACAACAAACAAAUACAGAACUGUGUGACAGUUAUGUUGUCUCCUAAGGAUUACCUGCCAGAGCUGACGCCAAUUUAUCAUUUUUCUUUUAUGGUUUCUUUAAGCAGCUGCCCCCAGGGGUCAUUACAGAACAAGAGUGUGUAUGGAGGACUUACAUCCCCGCGCUCUGAGUGGCUGUCCUGUGGAGCCCACGGCCAUCCCAGCCCUCCUGCCCUGCAGAUGCACACCUGGCCCCUGCCCCCCGGGUGUCCAGUGCAAGGGCGCGGGGGGUGGGGGGGUAGGAUGAGUUGCAGACAGCAGCUGGCCAGCCAGGCUUCCUGCUCAUGGGCCCAAACUGCUUCCUCAGUGUUACUUUCAAAAGCUCUCUUUUUAUAGUGUUGAAAGAAAUAUAAAGUUCCUGUGAGCAGGCUUGAGACCACUUUGAUGUAAAAGUUGUCAUAAUCAUCUUCUCACAGUGGCACAGUUCAUUUGAUUUACCAGAUACUCCGUUGUGCCAUGUAUCUCCUGUUGCUUUUUUCUCAUUAUCUUUAUGCUGUAACUCAUAUUGACUUAAGAAAUGACUUAUCCUUUUGGCAAAGUGAUCCCAUUCAAUAUGGUUAUAAUAAAAGACUAAUGUCAAACUGA